CCUGUGUACAGGAGAGGACACACAGAGAGGACUGAAUACACACGCGCGCGUUCCCACACACACAGCCAGUGUACAGGAGCGGACACACAGAGAGGACUAUCUACACACACACACACACACACACACACACACACACACACACACACACACACACACACACACACACACACACACACACACAGAGCCAGUGUACAGGAGCGGACACACAGAGAGGACUACACACACGCGCAUACGCACACACACACACACACACAAACACGCACGCACACACACACACACAAACACAGCUCCAGGUGUCGGACACGAGCUCGGAAUAUAUUGUGAGUGAGACUGAGGAUUUCAGCUGGUUUCAGUGGAUCUCUGCUGAAUUUGGUCCCCUUUCAUUUGCGCUGAUUUGAUGUGAAAACUGGAUUUACUAAUUGAAGGAUCAUUUCUUUACAGAGUGAAGAGAAGGGAAAGUGUUUCGGCUUGUGAAUGAAAUGGGAUUUUCCUCUGGACCAGGACUGAAUUUUGAAGCUUAAAUCCCUGGGAUAUUUAUUUUAUUUUUUAAACUUCUCCAAAAAAACUUUUCUACUUUUAUUCUCACCCUAAAAAGUUUCCCCCAAGAUUCACCAGGAGAAUUUUUAAUUUUUUUUAAAACGAAUUUAUUUGGUCUUGUGGAAAUGGUGGGCCAUCUACACCUGCAGGCUAUGGAGGAGAGUCUGAAGGGAAAGAGCCGUGAAGGGCUGCUCGACAGUCCUGACUCGGGGCUUCCCCCGAGUCCCAGCCCGCCCUUCUGUCCGCUCUCACCGUCAUCCACAGAGCCUCGCACCCCCAUCAGCUCCGACCACCAUGGAGGAAUGUACUGGAGGAAGGAGGGACGAGAAGGCAAGCUGCUUCCGUAUCUGCUGCUGAACUCGCAGGGGGCAGAUGUCAAGUCACGCAUGCACCCUGUGGUGUUCGGGGAAAGCAUCGAGGUGAACCCCAGACCCACCACAGAGAUGAGGUUCAGCUCGGAGGUGAAGUACGACUCACAGCGGCACUACCGUGACGAGGUUUACUGUGCCCGCGUUCCCACGGUAACCUCCUACAGCGAGACGGUGGUGGCAGUGCAGAACCACACGUGGCGCAGCUACAAGUCAGAGGUCCACUUCCUGCCACGUCACCGGCCCGUCCACUACCAGAGCACGGCCAUCAUCUACCCCAAGCACGCGCACAACACCUACCGCACCACGCUGCACUACAACGCCAACGCCACCGGGCACCGCAGGUUCGUGUCAACAGUGAGACUGGAGUCGAGCGAGGACGGCAGUCCCUGCAUCAUCUACACCGAGGAGCUGUGAGACGCGCUCACCACACGCCGACACACACUCCUGUCCAAACUCACAACCAUCACCAAAGAUUACUCUCGUCCCCUCAGGCGGAGAAACAGAAUCACUCCAGACUUCCCCCUAAAGAGAGGAAAGGACAUGGAGGAGACUUUUAUUUUGUCUCUACUGAUGUUUCAGUAAGGUAGAAAUUUAUCUUCACAUUGCAGUCAGGAGUUGAAUCAAACCUGUCGUCCUUUGUGUCUGUUUAUUCCUUCUCGCCGUUACACUCCGCUAUAAAGAAUCCAAUAAAUCAAACUCUGUCAAAUAAAUAAAUAAAUAAAUAAAUAGAUAGACUUUAAACCGUACGACACGGUACGGAACACGAGAGGGGAAAAUAUACCGCCAGGAAAAGUACAACUUUUUUGCAAGUUGUAUAAAUGCUUGAUUGCACUUUUGCUAAGAAAAAUAGUUGUUGUUGUUUUUUUUUUUUCUUCUUCUUCUUUCGGAUACGGUGAUCAUGGUGGAGCUGAGGGCAGCGUAGGAGCACUCGAAAGAUCGGACCAAUGUUUUUUUUACAGAUCGGAGAAGGAGACGUUGGAGUUUGGAGCACGCUGGGUAUUUGAAGCGGUCCAAGAACAUGUCCAUGAAGCAGAAAGACCUUUCACUCACCGCUGCGGAAAGAUAGAGAGCGGGCAACGUGUCCGAGCUUCUGAGUCCGGAAGCUUAUAGUCCAGACGAGUUUUGUUUACAAAUCACAAACACGCCGUUCUGCUCAUCUGAGAGGAUCGACUCUGUUCCGAUAAGAUCGGCGAGUGACGUCUUAGCUACGGAGGAGUAAAUAAAAAUACUGCUACAGAACACGUGAUUCACCGAAGGGGAAAGGACGUAAUACAUCCAGACCGCAUUCGCUUCUCGUAGCACUUACUUUCUAUUGGCCAGCUAUACGUGACCUGCGAAUCCGUAAGCCGUGGUCUGGUGAGCCAAUAGAAACAGAGUGGGCGGGACCAUCAAAGAGAGGAGCCGCUUAUUAGUAAGAACAAGAAGAAGCCGACAUGUUUACCGACAUGGAGAGUUUGUUUCUGGGUUACAGAAUUUUCUCAUUAGCGACGUUGAUUGUGGGCGUGGCCUAGUGCUAAGUUUUAACCAGAGACAAUUUUAACGGACACAAUUCAAGGAAGUCAAUUUGUUAGAGCCUCACACCUCCAGGGUUGGGGGUUCGAUUCCCGCCUCCGCCUUGUGUGUGCAUGUUCUCCCCGUGCCUCGGGGGUUUCCUCCGGGUACUCCGGUUUCCUUCCCCGGUCCAAAGACAUGCAUGGUAGGUUGAUUGGCAUCUCUGGAAAAUUGUCCGUAGUGUGUGAGUGUGUGAGUGAAUGAGAGUGUGUGUGUGCCCUGCGAUGGGUUGGCACUCCGUCCAGGGUGUAUCCUGCCUCGAUGCCCGAUGACGCCUGAGAGCCGGCACAGGCUCCCCGUGACCCGAGGUAGUUCGGAUAAGAGGUAGAAAAUGAGUGAAUGAAUGAAUGAAUGAAUGAAUGUUAGAGCAGAGAUAAGAGGGACGUCGUACAUCUUUCCAGGACUCCACGACGGUAGAAAGUUUGUCACAGGUUGCAUCACAGACAUUUGAACCAGAUUUGUCGCUUUUAUUCAUACGUAAUCGUGAUAACACAAACCACCCAAUCGAAUUCUCCCCAGACUUUGUGCCUUAUACUCAGGAAAAUACAGAGAACCCGACGAUGUUCUUCGGAUUCAGCCGGUAAACGUUGUCAGGAGGCUGCCGAGGGACUCGGACUCGCUGCCGCUCUUCUAAAGUCACGAUCUCCGCAACGUCACGCGUUCAGACCCACGGCAAAGGACGGCUUUGUGUUUGUCUUACAAACAUCCGGAUUAUAAAUACGAAAUAUUUCUUCGAAAUCUUUAACGUCUAAAGUUAGGAUUUUCUUUUUACCUCAUUUAGAAUCUACUCUGCGAUGACUUUUGUUCUUAAGACGGAGAUUUUUCCCGGCGACCCGUCGUCGUCCUGCGUCCGCGAUUUUUAGCGCACGUGGAACGUCAUUACCGUAGGUUAAAGUAAAGUGUGGGCGGAGUUUAGACGCGAAACCCGAGAUAGAAAUCGACGAGAUAGCUGAGAGUGAGACAUCAGAGAAGAAGUUCAUGAGAAGUCACACGUGGCUUCAUUUAACAAAAGGAAAAGCAAAGUGGUGCGACAGAGAAAGUAAAAGUCGGUAUGCAAGGAAUUCAGAAAGUGUUUCGGGACACAGACACGGAGAUGUUUCUGUAAAAGUAGACGGAAGUCUGAUUUCUGGAUGUAAUAGAUGAUGUUUUUGUUUCUUUUUACUUUUGAUUUCCUUCCUGUAAAGUACUUCCUGAUGUAUAUGUUGCAUAUGGCACUUAAUGAUUCUCUUUAUAUUUUUGUAUUCCCAAGUUUCACAUUUUCUCUUGUUUUGUUUUGGGUAAGAGAUUAGAAGCUAAUUUAAAGACAUGAUGUAUAUCUUAAAUCGACAAAUAAAAUCUCAAUUCUGUGAUUA